UGCAAUUGCGUAGCUAACGACAAUUCAAGUAAACUGCGACUAGCUAAACAGCAUCGUGCCCCGCCUAAACACAAAAUAGCGGAUCGUGUGAGAGCGAGAGAGGAAAACGGUAGUUGUGGCGCUCUUACGCGCUCUCUCUCUGUGGCCCCAACUGGGGCCCCCACUCAUUCUCGUCGCCGUUUGGAGCCAAGUGAAUCUGUCGACUACUGCCGCUCUGUGAGUCCCGUUCCGUCUGCAGCAGCGUCAGGUUUGAAAGAUUCGUUCGUCGUACACACUCGCCUACGUUUACGUGCCAUUUGUUUUUCGAAAAAUCUGCAUAAAUUUGACCGCGUCUGAAACUGCAUAAAAAUAGCAGAAGCCAGCGCGAAAAACAGCGAGGCGAAAAUAAAUACAUAUUUCGGUUUAACAAGUGUGUGGCGCGCGAUUGGCUCGUUUAUUGUUAAUACAGCAGAAACAGGAAAUCUGUUGUCGUCGUCGUUGGGUGUUCACUGUGCAUUUAAAGUUAUCAUAUUUACGUGUGUGGCCGCUGGUGUGCCAGGCCAGUGCAUAUAAAUAUAUCUAAAAUCCAUUUAAUUAUAAAUUAAAAACCCCAUCAACUCAACUACACACUGAAUGUCCGAGAAUAAAGGCAUCAUGCUGGCCAAAUCUGUUCAAAAACACGCUGGACGUGCCAAGGAGAAGAUUCUACAAAACUUGGGAAAAGUGGAUCGGACUGCAGAUGAAAUCUUCGACGACCACUUGAACAACUUCAAUCGCCAACAAAUGAGCGCCAACAGAUUACAGAAGGAAUUCAACAAUUAUAUAAGAUGUGUUCGCGCUGCACAAACCGCCUCCAAGUCCCUGAUGGAUGCCGUGUGCGAGAUCUACGAGCCACAGUGGAGCGGCUACGAAGCCCUGCAAGCACAGACUGGCGCCUCGGACAGCUUGUGGGCGGACUUUGCACAUAAACUGGGGGACCAAGUGCUCAUACCACUCAAUACAUACACCGGACAAUUUCCCGAAAUGAAGAAAAAAGUUGAGAAGCGCAACCGAAAGCUGAUUGACUACGAUGGCCAGCGCCAUUCGUUCCAAAAUCUCCAGGCCAAUGCCAACAAACGCAAAGACGACGUCAAGCUGACCAAGGGACGCGAACAGCUGGAGGAGGCCCGACGCACCUACGAGAUCCUCAACACGGAACUGCACGACGAGCUGCCCGCCCUGUACGACUCGAGAAUACUGUUUCUGGUGACCAACUUGCAGACGCUCUUCGCCACCGAGCAGGUCUUCCACAACGAAACGUCCAAGAUAUACUCGGAGCUGGAGGCGAUUGUUGACAAACUGGCCACAGAAUCGCAGCGCGGCUCUAACACGCUCCGCAAACAGACAAGCAAUGCCAUCAAGACGUCGAGUCCAGUGCAGUCGCCGGUUAACAAGCUGAACAACGCCAGCAUCAACAGCACCAACUACCAGAAUCAAAUUACCACAAACGGGGGCUCCAGUCUGGCGAACAGCCCAACAUCCACGAGCUCGUCCCUGCAAGAGCCGAGAUUUGAUUCCAUUUCUUCAACACCAGAACCGACGCCGGAGUCGCCGUCGCCGCCGCCAAAUUUAAAGCAGCGCAUCAGUAGCAGCCCAGUGCCAAGCAGUCCAACGCCGGCUGAUGGGGUGAAUGGUGCGACGACCACAAGCAGCGCCCAAGCAAUGGACAUUGCCGAGCUAAGCAGUCCGAAUGCCAACACGAAGAUCACAACCACCACACAGACAACGACAGUGACAAAGGCAGAGGAACAAAAAGCAGCAGGAGAGGGAGCAGCAGAAUCAGCAGCAGCACCCAUCCAGGUGAACGGUAAUGGCAACAACAAUCAAUCCCCGGCAAGCAGUGCCAGUGCACAGGCAAAGGAAAAGGAAAGCAUCAGCACCAGCACUGCCAGUGGCGGGGCCGGUGGAGGCAAGCAUCCCAAAGAGCUGCCCACAACAACAACGAAUGCCGAAGCAGCGGCCGAAGCGGCCGCCAAUAACGGCAACUCAAUCGAGGAGCACAAGCAGAAGAAAUUAGGUAAUACAGCGAUAGGAAUCACCACUACUACUACCACCAAGCACUUAGUUACAUCAACAGAUACAGAUAAAGAUACAGAUACCGUUACAAAUACAAGUACAAGUACAGUCAGCAAUCAGAUCAGUAGGCAAUUAGUUCAUAGACAAACCGUUAAUAAUGCUAAUAAGAAUCCGUUCGAAGAGGACGAUGAGUGCAUCUACGAGGUUCCCAAUGAUGCCAACACGGCUGAUUUACCGGCCGGCGUGCUCUACCGAGUGAAGGCCACCUACGGCUACGUGAAGGAGGAUGUGGACGAGCUGAGUUUCGAGAUUGGGGACACCAUUCGCGUGAUCGAGUACGAUGAUCCCGAGGAUCAGGAGGAAGGCUGGCUAAUGGGUCAGAAGGAGGGCACCAGCGAGAAGGGCCUCUUCCCCGCCAACUUCACACGCCCCAUCUGAGCGGAGGUGGACGACCGGAGCCGGAGCUGAGAACCAAUCCACCAAACAGCCACACAAACUGCAGUCCCCACGCCACCACACCCCACCCAACAUUUUGUUAAACCAUAAAUAUCUACAAAACGGAAAUCCCAAUCCAAACUUUUGGCCAAAUUUUCAUUAUUAAAAUUGUCUUGUUCUGUGAAACGCAUUCUAGAGCAGUGCUUCCAGUUAUUAUUAAUUAUUAUUGUUGAACGCCAUGGCAGACCAUACCACACCACGCAAAGGAAUAUCGAAGCGAAUGGCAUUAAAACACACACCACACUUUGAGGACGUUUCAAAUUUUAUUUUCUAGUUUUAAGCCUCGGCAAAUCUACGUAUACAUAUAUUAUUUGUUAAAACUACUAUUGUGCUCAUAAUUAAUGCGAACAAAGUGUAAUAAGUUAAAGGCAACACACACAAAUUCAACGCAUAUCGCUCGAAAGAAAAGAGUAAUGUAAUUGCUAAAAAAAAUUAAGAAACAAAGAAGGAGGCAUGGAGGAGAAUAUAACCUUAACCUGAA